AUUGCCUUAUAGGUCUUCCCUGUUGCACGAGGACACCACCAGCCUCUGUGUUCGCUGUAUUGCUUACAUUUUACUUGACAAUUGAACUUUUUUAACGUGAUUUUCACUAUGGAUUCGCUAACAAAUGACGCAAUGGAAGCUGGCGUGGUUGAAAAGCAGGAUGACAGUGACAGUUUUACAAAAGUCAAGUCUAAAAAGAGCCAAAAGAGGAAACUCGAGGCACCUGAUAUGGACACAGAGGGUCCUGUCGCAAGCAAGAGGCCACAGUUUCCACCGAUUUCGCUCGACAAAUUAAGGGGUGAUGAUCAGAUGCGUAAAGUGGCCGUCCCGGCUCAUCGUUACACGCCGCUGAAGGAGAACUGGCUGAAGAUCUUCACUCCUAUCGUAGAGAACCUACAGCUUCAAGUCCGAUUCAACCUCAAAUCGCGAAAUGUGGAAAUUAAAACUUGCAAAGAGACCCAAGACAUCGCCUCACUCACCAAAGCAGCUGAUUUCGUAAAAGCCUUCAUUCUGGGCUUCCAGGUUGAAGAUGCAUUGGCCCUAAUCAGACUGGACGAGCUCUUUCUCGAAUCCUUUGAUGUCACAGACGUGAAGCCACUGAAGGGUGACCACUUGUCUCGAGCCAUCGGCAGGAUCGCAGGCAAAGGAGGAAAAACCAAAUUUACCAUCGAAAAUGUCACCAAGACUCGCAUCGUGCUGGCCGACACCAAAGUGCACAUUUUGGGCUCCUUUCAAAACAUUCGGAUGGCCCGGACUGCCAUAUGCAACCUCAUCCUAGGAAGUCCACCAUCCAAGGUCUACGGAAACAUCCGAGUGGUCGCCAGCAGAUCUGCGGAAAGAUUCUGAUCUGGUCUUUGGUGAUGGGUUGAGAAGACCUCGAAUGGGAGUUCAUUUGUAUUUGUUCAUCAUGGACUUGACGUCAGACGAAUUUAAUACGAGUGUGAUGAAUCUUUGUGUGACUUUUGUGUAUAUAUGUUUAAAAAAAUGCAAAUCAUCAAUGGAGUCCAUUUUGUGCAAUAGUUGGCCACCUUGUGCUGACCUAAAUAACUGAAAUAUUAAAAACUACAGCAUCAAUAAUUGACAUUUUCUCUAAAAUACCAUCUGACAAAAUAUUUGAGCAUGUAAAAUAACAAAAAAAGUGAUGCAGCACAAAUGAAAAACCUACUGAUUCAGCAUUUUAAAAAAUACAAACCGGACACCUCAUUUUAACAGUUCAGUUUAUUUCAAUGGUUUUUCGUGUUCAUAUUGUAUCAAGUUUUCAACAGCCCCUUAGCAUAAAUUGCGGCAUGCAGAAAAAUGGAAGAACAAACAUCUUAAAUACUGUAUAUCGUCAUAUCUAUCUGAUAUCCCCCCCGCACACGAACUCAGAUGAAUCACUUGCAAUCGAAGCAUGAAGUUGUCCCACUAUACAGAGACAGAAGUGUGUUUAACAAAUAUGUAUAUACAAAACAUUUUUAAAAAACCUCAGUUAUUAAUAUGACAUGUACUGUACUGCAGUCGAGUUCAUGUGGAGACCAACCAUUUGGCAACACCCAUUUUGUGUACAUCUAUUAUUAGUUUCUAUUCACAUCCGUGUGUAAACAAGACGAUUCGUUCCAAACGUGUUCAAUGACAUGCGAGAAAAAAAAAAUACAAAGUCCACGUCAUGCACGUUCCAGUUUUUUGUAUUAAGCUCAAAGCAGCCAGUCCACUUCCAGUUUAUUUUCUCAGAAAUAUUUAGAGAAAUUGUUUUGUCGUUUCAGGCCCAUCUAACAACAUGUCCUAAAAUGUCAAUUACCUGACAGAUGUUAA